AUGUUUGGAUUACGAUUCAGUAAACGACUGCCUCAAAUUAGUGGUAUACGGUGGAAUUCUACCGGUAGUGACAAUGCACCACUACAAGAGUAUAGCAGACUGGUUAAGCUGAAUCGCUUAAGACAUGAUCCGUAUCAGAGAAGUAUAAUUAACUCUUUGGGUACCUUGUUCGAUUCACUAGUGAAAUAUAACCCACCGAAGAUUAGAAUAGCUCACAUCAAAGACCAAGUCGGUUGGAAGACUUCUUAUUUAGGGAAACUUAUAUCCGGUAAGUCUAGAAAAGAUCGUAAGAAUCAAGAAGAUUGGCAAGGCAUUCCUCAAGGUAUUUAUCUCUACGGUGAUGUUGGGUGUGGUAAAACCAUGUUAAUGGAUCUUUUCUAUUCUACAGUCCCAUCGCAUAUCACCAAGAAACGUGUGCAUUUCCAUCAGUUUAUGCAGUAUGUGCAUAGAAGGUCUCAUGAAAUUACCAUUGAACAAAAUCUACUAGAAUUAGGAGUUGCCAAGAAGAAAGAUAUGGACCCGGUACCCUUUCUUGCUACCGAGAUUUCCAGUAAUUCAAGAUUACUAUGUUUUGACGAGUUCCAAGUGACAGAUGUUGCAGAUGCAAUGAUUCUUCGAAGAUUAUUGACUACACUUUUAUCCAAAGAUUAUGGUGUAGUGCUAUUUGCUACAUCUAAUAGGAAACCAGAUGAUCUUUACCUCAAUGGUGUUCAAAGAGAAUCUUUUAUUCCAUGUAUUGAGCUGAUAAAGAAAAGAUCUGAAGUGGUACAUUUGAAUUCUCCUACAGAUUACCGUAAGAUUCCGAGACCAACAAUUCCAGUCUACUAUUCGCCAGAAAAAGGUUUAUCAUACAACGAUCGACUAUGUGCUAUUGAAAGGCAAAACCACAUCAAUCAAUGGUACAAAUAUUUUGGUCAGAUGGAAAAUAGUGAAACUGAUGCAGAAAUACUCAAAGAUUAUCCUUUGACUAUUUGGGGUCGUGAAUUUAAAGUUCCCAAAUGUUCACCACCAUAUGUGGCACAAUUUACUUUCAAGCAAUUAUGUGGUACCCCGUUGGCAGCGGGUGAUUAUUUGGCAUUGGCAAGUAAUUUUAAAGCUAUUAUUGUCACUGAUAUACCAUAUUUGUCAAUCUUUUUACGUGAUGAAGUUCGGAGAUUUAUUACUUUCCUUGAUGCGGUUUACGAUAGUCAGGUUAAAUUGGCCACUACGGCAGCCGCAGACUUUACGAAUUUGUUUGUAGAGCCUGAGGAGAUUGCAAAUAGUUAUGAAUUGAAACCAAAGACGAAGGAACAAGAGGCACAAGAUCAAGAAAAUUCGGAAGAUGAUAAUCUAGUUAAAGAGCAUGGGUUUUCCAAGCAAAUUGCAAAAAAAUCACAUAUGUUUGCUCUAGAUGAGGAAAGAUUCGCAUUUGCAAGAGCAUUGAGUCGUUUGUCUCAAAUGAGUACUACCGAUUGGGUCGAACAUAAAGACUAG